GUCCUCAUCAGCCAACUGGUCCUACUUUUCCAAUUUCUAACAUGAGCGGGUUCAAUCGAAGAUUCAAUCCAGCUUGGUAUAAGGAGUAUAAGAAUUGGCUUGAAUACUCGAUUGCAAGAACUGAACACUCAUGUGUUGUUGACAUGAGAUCGCGGUCGCAAUCUCUAGUAUGUCAACUGUAAACUUUGCCCUGACCAUGACAACAUGUUUUCACCAAUUCCUUAUGCUUAAUCAUUCAUCUAAAUAAUUCAAACAUCCAAAGACAAGACAAAGGCAAGGGCUAAGUCAUAUUAAUCAUUCUCAAUGCAAUUCUUAUUUCUACUCAAGUAAUUAUUCAAAAAGAAAAAGGAAAAGAUACACAAACCGAGUUGUUGGAUUGCCUGCCACAAGCGCGUCUUCAAAAGUCUUUUUGCCGGACUUGACUCCUUGAGAUAAAAAGGCGAGAUCUCCCUCCUUCACCGAUGAUUCUUCGUAGAAAUCAUAUUUAUGGUGAAGUCCCAAGUGAAAACUAUGGAUUCUCUCGGAUGCCUCAUCCUGUGCUUGAAAUAGGAAUGAUUCAUCCGAAGGUUGAUGCGCAUGAUUGAAGUAACCAAGCUCUCUUUUACUUGUAUCAUCAUCAGUGAAUGUCUUAUAACAUUCCCUGAAUUCUUCAUCUUCGAGUAUAGGAGCUAUGUUGUUCUUAACAUCCCGACCUCUUUCCUUGGGGUAUCUCUCUUCAAAGAUGAACCUCUUAAGUUUCUUUAUAUGAUCAUUGACUUGAUGAGAAACUUAGAACAACUCUUGAGUAUCCCUUUUGUGAGAAAAUUUUUCCUUACCCGGUCUCUUUAUAAUCUUGAAAGAAUCACACGCACCUUCAACUAUACUAUCAUGGGGGUCAACUUGAGAGACCAUUUUGCUCUCCCGCAGUCCUCAUUAUGUCGACGCCCUCCUCUACCACCACCAUCAUCAUGUGAGUCACUCUCCCCCACUAUCUCUGUCUCCAAACCCAUAUAUGUCUUUUUCGUGUGGUAAGGCUAUCAAUGUACUAGUAAUAUUAUCGAUGGAGUGGUACGUUAUCAGUGUACUAGUAAUGUUAUCGAUGGAGUGGUACUGGUAAUGUUAUCGGUGGAUUGGUAACGUUACAAGUGUUCUGGCAAUGUUAUCAAUGGAUUGGUAACGUUACAAGUGUUCUGGCAAUGUUAUCAAUGGAUUGGUAACGUUACAAGUGUUCUGGCAAUGCUAUCAUAGAGUGGUAACGCUGUGUUUUGAUAUAGUCGUCUCCACGUGCCACUAGGCGCUCAAUUUUAUCGCAACAUAAGGGAUAUGAAUAUCAAGGGGAAGGAUGGUGCAGAUGGUGUUAUCUAGAGUUGAAGAGAGACUUUUUUGAAAAGCUAAAACCCUAGAAAGAUAGUAUAGAGAAAAUGAGUCUUUUGGACAAGAAGUAGAGCUUGAAAAAAAAAAAGAUUUCCAGCAGCUUGGAGUUAUUUUCUGAUGGUUUUCCCUCCCCUAUCCCUUGUUCUUCUUCUCCCCUUAAUGGGGGAAUUUCUCAAGGUACGUAGGGCUUACUCCUCCAAAACCUAGUUUAUGGUUUAGUAUGUAAUGAAUUAUGAUUGUUAAUUUAUGGUUUGAGUUCAAUUAGUGUCUAAUGCUUUAACUCAUGGUUUAUAUUCAUGUAGAUUAUGUUUGCAAGUGUUUUGUCCUGUCAAUGUAAAGACUUAGCUUAGGUUGUGAUGGCCAUUCCCCUAGGUUGAGUGCUCAUUUAAUUGAUGACUCUUGAAAGUUUACAUGACCAUUGAUUCGUUCAAGUGGUGUAAAAAAACUAACCUAACUAACCUGAUUUUGGCUGAUUUGACAUGACAAAAUCGUAUAAAUUAUAGAUUUCAAAGAUUUUAAUGUUUCUAAUUGGGAUUAUAUGGGCUUUAAUGAUUCAAAUAUUUAGUAGUAAAAUCAAGAUCACGACAUCAUGAAAACAUAAAAUUUUAAGAUUAAAAUUAGAAUUUGACUACACUAAGUCCAAUUACCUUUUAAGAAAGUACAUUUUUUUAAGUUAAGCAUGUCACGAACUUAGAUCUACCAAUGUCCGGAUGAUCAUCAUGUCACGCAAGUGCAACUCACAUCAUGUUAAACAAGAUUACAUUUUUAACUCUCACUUGACUAGCUACGCACACGGCCACCUUACUUUCAGAGUGAUGAAGUCUCAUGUAGUUACACACUCCUUCAUAUAAGAGCUUAAGUUCAAGUAUGUUACGAUCACUUUGCUAGCAUGAGGUUACCUAACAUCCCACAGUGAUGAAGGUCAUGUUAUCACGUUUUGGUGGCCAGACGUUUGCGCUAGAAGUGUUGAGCUCGAGUUUCCUCAUUUCCAAGAAAACUAAGCUUAAUAACACACCAUCAUUACAAAAAUAAAAGAUUGAGAUUGUUCUGAUAAAUUAUCGCAAUUUUUCGAAUCAAAUAAAUCUCUGUGGCGUAAGAAAAUAUUUCUCAUUUCUCCCUCAAAUAGAUUUUCCUUUUUGGCGAAGCGAUUUCACCCUUUCUGCUGUUGUCUUGGGAGACCCACCAAAGCACGAAAGCCAGGAUCUCAUGUGCUUUUUAUCUAUGUAUGUAUGUAUUUAAGUAUGCCAAGGUGUUCUUUCUUAAGUACAAAUGAAUCUAGGACGUAUGACUGACCCCAUACACGCACUCAGGACUUCUAGAAUCACAUAAACUUGGCAGGGAAUCAAUAGUUUAUCACAAGGAUUAGUGUCUCUAACAUAAGCAUGUCAGAGAAUCAGUAGUUCAUCGCAAGAAUUAGUGGCUUCAGAAGACUUCGACACUUAGUUAAGUUCAGUAUAUGGUGGGACAUGAAACUUGAUGGUGUUUUAUGAAGGAUAAUGAAUUAUUAUGAUAAGUAUUUCAAGGUUGUUCAUAUUUUCAACAUUCUUUUCAUAUGUAACUUUUCGAGUUUCUUUUCAAGUAUUUACUAUUAAUAUGUUUGAAGAAUAUUUUGGAAAAGGUAGUAUGAGAGCUAAGGUGUUGCAAUAACUAGAAAAAAGGAUCCGAUCUCAUUUGACAAAGCAACCAUGCCAGAAUCUUUAUGAAAUCCACCAAUUGCUUGAUGGCUUGGCUGGACGAAGAAGGGACGGCCUUUGAAGUGGGUAUGGCCGUGGCUGACUCUGACUGAGAGGCGAGAGAUCUUUACUAAGGCUAGGAUCUUUUUCCUGAAAGGCCAAAGUGGGGGGUGACGUGGCCGUUUCUCUAUCUCUACCAAACUAUCCAUUACCAGAAAAGUCCAACAAAAGCCCAAAGCCCUUCCCUUCCCUUCCCUUCCCUUUCCCCUCAUUUUCUCUCUCCCUCCGUCUGCACUUUUUCUCGCUUUUUCUUUCCUCUUUCGUCUUCACCCCUGCCACGUCUGCUCCUCUUCUUCCUCCUCUAUCCUACGCCUCUCCCCACCUUCCCCUCACCCUUUGCUGGCGCAUUUUAGAUGCGACCCAAUACAGGAGAAACCAGAACUGGAAGGAGAGCUAGUUGGACGGAAUGGAUCGAUGGAUACAUGUGUAUAUGAUAGGUAUCUGAAGAAUCUUCACGGUCUUUUGAUGGACCUGCUACCUUGCGCCUUACUCCUCCAGUCCCCGGGGGCGAUCCCUAGCUUUUUUCCUUUCUUCAUUUGUUCGACUUGCUUAAUCUAUUUGUAGCUCCUCUUUCUUCGUCGUCGCUAGGUCGUAGUCGUAUCUUGCUUUACAUAUGAAUCCUGGCCAGAGGGUUUCUCGGACUGAGUUUGAAGGGGAGCGCUUUCCCAUGGAAUUUCUCUAGUAUUCCCCCCCGUCUUUUUUGCUGCCUUGGUUGUUUUUGGGUGGGCUGAAUUGGAGGGAGGUUUUGAAUAAAGGUUGGGCUGCCAUGGAAGAGGGGAACGAGGAGUUGGCCAACAUGGAUUGUGGUGGUGCUACUGCUGCUGGUACCAGUGCGGAUGGAGGGGAUGGUUUCAUUGACAGAAGUAAAGUCAGGAUCCUGCUCUGUGAUAAUGACCUCUCCAGCUCCGAGGAGGUUUACACUCUUCUUUUGAAGUGUUCUUAUCAGGGUAUAAUUUGCAUUUUCAUUUCAAUUCUUGGUAUUAGAGUUCUUGUUACAAUUGUUUUAGAGCCUAUUUUUCAUUGCUUAUUCAGAAUCUUUGAUUGGAAUUAGCUUGCUUUAGGGCCUACCUUAGAAAACUUGCUUCAACGGUGUGCCUGUGCAGUCAGAAUUGAGUCAACUGAAGAAGGAUUGCCUAUUUUGUUCUCUCAUUGGGCAUAUUGGUUAAGAGUUAAUAAUGUCUUCUUUUCUCCUCUUGAUUGUUGUAAUGACCUACUGAAGCAGAAUACGAAUGAAUGCUUUCCAAACCGACCAACUCCUACUUUUUUAUGCAUAAGACCGUGAGUCGGCCCGAGGAUCCUCGGUUUAGUUGUCAUAGGCUUCACUCUAACCCUAUGCAACCUUUUGCCCGGUUCUCUGGCUUCUAAACUGAAAUAAAUGGAAGUUCACUUGUCCAACUGUCUUUUGUUUUCUUGUCUAUACACGCUAGUAUAUGGUUUGUCAAUAGACCAAAUGCAUAUGGAAGUACAUUAUUUAGGGCCUUAGUGUUUUCUCCCGGCUCCGCUUAUAAUUAUUAUGAUUAUGGAUCCAUUUCAGAUGUCUAUUCUUCUUCAAGGGAAAUUCCUGAAAUAGCGUUUUUGUUGUUCUUUUCUCUUCAGUUACAUCAGUCAAAUCUGCUAGGCAGGUGAUUGAUGCCCUGAACGCCGAGGGGCCAGAUAUUGAUAUCAUUCUUGCGGAGGUUAAUCUUCCAAUGAAGAAAGGCAUGAAGAUGUUGAAGUAUAUAACUCGCCAUAAGGAUUUGCGGCGCAUUCCAGUGAUCAGUAAGCAAUUUUAAGAUCAGUAUUGAAACUAUAAUCUUUCUGAACCGUAGGAUGGAAUUUGCUGAAAUUAUAUCCAUUUUGAUCAGUGAUGUCAGCUCAUGAUGAGGUUUCGACUGUUGUCAAGUGCUUGAGAUUUGGAGCAGCUGAUUACCUUGUUAAGCCUUUACGCUCCAAUGAGUUAUUAACUCUAUGGACGCAUAUGUGGCGGAGAAGAAGGAUGGUUUGUCUAUGCUUUCGCCUACAUGCUUACAUCAAUUCACAUCCUAUCUCUCCUGUUUGUGCGAUCUUAUGCUUGAUAUGUUCAUUUUAGGUGAAAGCAUUUAUUUCCAAUCUGAAUGGGUGUUGUUGGCAGGCGCUCAUUAGAUGGGGAAAAUAUAUAUUUGUCAAUAAGAUGAAUGAAUUAGGAUGACUUCGUUUCAUCAAUGGAUUUAUUUAAUGUGUAUGAAAGGCUGCAUCCUUCACCUGGUCGGCCAUUGUUCAUUCUAUAUUUUGCUGUUUCAAUUCCCAUUGGCUAGGCCAUUUAUUCCCCCCUGACAUACAUUUAGCCUCUUCUAGAACCCAGAUGUGCAUUGUUAUUUUGGCACUUACUCCGUUCUUUUUGGCUGGCAGCUUGGAUUGACGGAGAAGAACAUUGUGAACUAUGAAUUGGACCUAAUUGCAUCAGACCCGAGUGAUGCUAAUACAAAUAGUACCACUCUGUUCUCUGAUGAUACAGAUGACAAGUCACGGAAGAGCAACAACCCUGAGACUGUGGCAUCAAUUCAUCCAGAUGAUGAAGUGAGUGUCAUGCAACAUAGUUUCUCUGGCACUUGGACUCGUGCUCUAGAAAGUAGUCAUUUUUUGACUUGGUAAUCUGAGGCCAAUUUAACUUCUAUGUGCUUCAGACAACAAAUACCUCGGAUAUAUGACCACAACUUUAAGUCUAGUAUAUGUUUGAAGCUUUUGAGGAAAUUGGUAGUUGGAAGUUGUAAGCUCGUGAUUGAUGUGAUCAUAUUUAAGCAUUGGCAGAUUUCUCUCGACACGUGAUAGUAGUGACUUAACUACAAGAUCAAAUGAAAUAACUUCUUAAGAUGCAUUGAUUAUCUAGCCUGUGGAAAAUACUCGUGCUUUAGAUAUCUGUUGGGAUUUCAGAAUAUGCCUCCUCUUUAUAACAUGCAUGUUGUUAUGGAUCAUUACCAUCCAAGAUCAUUCCUGAUUAGAUGAAUAAUUCUUGAAAUCACAUUUGAUGCACCAUUUUGCUGUUUUUCACUGAUUCAGAAACUUUGUAAUUAAGUUGUUUUCCGUUAUUACUGAAAGCCUUACUUGUGGUUCAUAAUGCCAUCUACUGAAUCUUGUUACAAAUGUUAUGAUUGGAAACAAUAAUAUCAUACUUGAUGUUUUAGUCUGUUGUGGCUGCUGCUGCUGAUGCCGCUGCCGCUGCUGAUGCUUUUACCAUCACCGAACCUCUGCAUGGAAAUCCCCGAGAAUAUCUGCCUGCUGUCCCAGGAAUCACUGACCGCCGUCGUGCUGGUGAGUUAACUGAUGAUAUUUGCUGCUGAUGUGCCCUGAGUUGACUCAAUGUGAACACAAAUCUUUGAAUGGGAGUAUUAGCUGGAAUUAGAGACUUGCAAAAUUGGUGUAGGAGGUCAUUGAAGAAAUUUCCUUGGGUCUUUGUCUUUUCUAGUAUCCUUUUCUUAAGUGGUGUGUGACACUCUUUAGAGGUUUUCCUGCUUGAAUGUGGGUCUUGAUUUGUUUGAAUAUGUGCCAAAUGGAGACAGAUUAUAUAUUGUCCUUGUGUCAAUGGCAUUGUUAUUUUUUCUGCAUUCAGAAAUCAAUUGGGGCUCUUAUUUUCUUGUCUUUCUGGUUUCAGGAAACUUCUCAGCUGGCCCAAAGAAGAGCGAACUGAAGAUUGGGGAAUCUUCUGCCUUCUUCACAUAUGUCAAAUCAAGCCCAGUGAAAAGCAAUGCCCAAGAUGUUGUUGCUCAAAUUGAGGAGAGUAGGCCGAGGAUGGAAGAGAGAGUUGAUCAAAGCUAUGACCAGCAGCAGGCAUUUACCAACACUCAAUUACAGGAAAACGGGGAGGCUUGGGAAAGUUAUUCACAAGGAGAUGACUUCCGAAGCAGUGCUAGUGUCCCGGAUUCUCUUUCUCUAGACAGAUCUUGCACCCCUCCUGGAUCGAGGGACUAUCCCGAGUUGAAUUUCAAGGAAGAAAAUCUACAGCACAUGCUUCUUGGCAACCAUCAGAGAAAUGAAUCUCGACCUCAAGCUACAGGUAUACAAACACAAAAUUUCUAUUCGUAUUACAUGCAAGGGGUAAUGAAUCAAGUUAUGAUGCCAUCAUCAUCGUCGCAUCUACACGAGAAGAAUAUGCUUGAACUACUACAGAGUCAGGCUCAGUACAACAAUCAUCUUCUACAGCAUAAUACGAGCACCCAUGUACCUGGCCAGCCACCACCACCAUUUCCCUAUUACCCAGUUAGCAUAUGCUUACAACAACCUGGUCAAAUCCCUAGUAGUACCAAUAAUUCAUGGCAGCCAUCAUUUGGAGGUGGAGGCUCAUCCUUGGCAGAAUCCAGCAAAACAAACCAAGUAGAUAGAAGAGAGGCAGCACUGAUCAAGUUCCGGCAGAAGAAGAAAGAACGUUGCUUUGCUAAGAAGAUACGGUAUGUUAACCGGAAAAAGCUUGCUGAAAGGAGGCCUCGUGUGCGUGGACAGUUUGUUAGGAAGUUAAAUGGUGUGAAUGUGGAUCUCAAUGGGCAUCCAGCUGGUACUGAUUAUGAAGACGAAGAAGAGGAUAACGAUGAACUUGCAUCAAGAGGCUGUACCCCUGAGGAUGAGGCAUCUUGAUGUUAAUGUCUAGAUGCUUGCUUUAUGUGUUUGUGCUUGUUUAUGUCUUCCUGAUAAGAUCUCUUGGAGUUAUUGCGCCUUUGUGUAGGCUGCAUCUGAGGUCUCAUAUAAGCGGUGCGAGGCUGGAACUCGAAGGGUAGUUCAAAUUACUGAGUGUUUUGGAUCACGAAUUGCUCCUUGAGUGGCAUUGCUCUUCUGGCGAAGGAGCACUCUUUUUGUCGGGUGGACGAUGAUGCAUCUUCGCAAGUCCUGUGAUGGAGCUUUUUCUAAAGGAUGUUGUAAUAUUCUCAAUUAUGGAGGAGCUGUUAUGGCUCCUUCGUGGAGGAAUGUUGGUAGGUAGCAUCGUAAUUUUGGUGAAGUUAAUCGUGUAUGUAGUAUUAUUUGCUUGCCUCUGUAACCGGCAAGUUGCCCAUCAGCUGGUGGUUGGCUUGCUUGAAUUGGAAGUGUCGCUCAAAUUCUCAAAGUUUUAUAUGUUGGGUUAUUGUUUUAGCACAUUAAUGGAGUGGUUCUGUUGAAUACAAAUUAGGAGUUUAUCAUAAAAUAUAAUAACUACAUAACAAAAUUCAACUUUAAAUGAAAUUAAAAGUCAAUAACAUAGGACUCAAAUCGUACAGCUACACAAGAAAAGCUCGACGCAUAUAAUUUAUAAACAACACAGAUAUCUUGUUAAUAUAUGUCACCAACACAUUGUUCCGCCACUCAUUCCUCAUCUGGUUUCGAAGAUCAUUCUUGAUAUAUUUCAUAAAUGAAAAUGAUAUCUCUACACAUGUAAUCAAUGUUCAAGAACGUGCUAGGCGCUACACAGGGGUUGAGGUCUUACCUCACCUAGGACGUAGGGGUUUUUUGUGAUCACUUGCAUCAAUUAGGGAAGAACUAUGAAGCUUUAAAGGUCGUUUGGAUUAGAGAUUUUAAUAACGAGGGAUUCGAAUCAAAAUCUCUAGUUUAAAAUAACAGAGAAUUUGUGUGCAGCGUUUAGCUAAAAUAACUCGUUUGGAUUGUGACGCAGAAUUUUAAUGUUAAGUUCAAAAUUACAUUAGCGUCCUCCUCUUAUACCCUUUCUUCGAUCAAAGAAAGAACUGACGGCAGAUGCGGAAGAACAAUGAAAAUCAACGAAUAACAAAGUGCCCUACCCAGAACCCUGCUUCUUCCACUUUGUUCUUGAUAAGCUUUUAUCCCCUUCAUUCUUCAUCUGGCAAAAUCAAGCCGCAACAAGCCACUGAUGUAAACGGAUCUGGAACUACUCCGUCACUCUCAUCUUCUUCCUCUCGAUAUCUUCCUCCUAAGCCCUGAAAUUGGGGGUCGCCGAUAACUUGGCGACAAACCGGGAUCUUAGGGUUCGCCGAUGAGUGUGGGAGGAAUCUUGCAGAUGCUGGCGACGGAUGUGGAGAGGAGAGAAGAAGAAGUGGAAGAGAUGAGGAUAGCAUCUGCAACCCAUAAUCCUACAAGCCAAAUCGACAAAACAAGAAACCAGAUCUCCAAAAUUGAUUUAUCCCAAUUUAUGCCCUUCUCUCUUCCAUCCAUCCGUGAUUGAUUCCACCACUAGUCACCACCACCAUCGUCUCCUUCACUUUGUUCUGUUUGAUGGUAUAGCUAAUAGAGAAUUAAACGAUUUAGUAGCGGUGGAGCAGAGAAGAAGUGGAAGCAGGCGCCGCCGUCGCCGCUCCAAGCAUCUAAAAAAUCCAUACCCACCUAGGACGUAGGGGUUUUUGGUGAUCACUUGCAUCAAUUAGGGAAGAACUAUGAAGCUUUAGAGGUCGUUUGGAUUAGAGAUUUUAAUAACGAGGGAUUUGAAUCAAAAUCUCUAGUUUAAAAUAACAGAGAAUUUGUGUGCAGCAUUUAGCUAAAAUAACUCGUUUGGAUUGUGACGCAGAAAUUUAAUGUUAAGUUCAAAAUUACAUUAGUGUCCUCCUCUUAUACCCUUUCUUCGAUCAAAGAAAGAACUGACGGCAGAUGCGGAAGAACAAUGAAAAUCAACGAAUAACAAAGUG